GCAGGAUCCUAUUGGGGUUGGUGUGGUCUGUGGGAGUCGCGAUUUUGAAUUCAGCUUCGUUCGCUCUGCUGCCUCACCAGUCUUCUCUCAUGUAAACCCGUUCUUCCGGAAAACAAGUGUCUACCCUUCAGAAAAUCAAGGUGGAGUGAGGUCCAAGUCGAGAAGAUUCGGAUGAGUGGAACUGACCACAUUGUUGGAGGACGUGCCGUGAAAAGUAGCGGGUUUUUCCUACACAGUGUGAGAGCUCUGAGGAUGGAUGGGGCUGGCGGUGGACAGAGCAGGCUUGUCGGGGCUGGGCCAUGCACCCAGCUGUGGCAGUAUUGCGGCUCUGCAUACUGUGGCUUUGGAUUCACAGUAGGUGUAGGAGACGUUUUGUUUUGAGGCGGCGUUGUCUCCCCAGGGAGAGAAGAAGGGAGAGAGAAGCAUUGAUUGGUUGCCUCCCAUAGGUGACCAGACCAGGCAUCAAUCCUGCAACCUAGCCUGUUAAAUUUGACUAAAACAAUCCUCUGGACCUCGGUUUGGAUCCCUGGUUUUCCUCUAACUAGCUGAGACUUUGAACAAUUAUUCCAUUUCUGAUCAUGGCUGAUAAAACCCAGGAGGUUGGUGGCAUCCAUUUCCCUUUUCCUUUCACACCCUAUUCCAUCCAGAAAGACUUCAUGGCAGAGCUUUACCAGGUGUUGGAGGCUGGCAAGAUUGGGAUAUUUGAGAGUCCAACCGGCACUGGAAAAUCCUUAAGUCUUAUUUGUGGGGCUCUGACCUGGCUCCGUGACUUUGAACAGAAGAAACACCAAGAAGAGGCAGGACUCCUUGAAACUGGAACUGCCCCCUUAAAUGAUGGGAAGGACCAGCCCCCAUUUAUUUCAUCCUCUUGUCAAGAGCUGCCAGACACCCUGAGGCCUGCUGGAGAACCUGACUGGAUUACGCAGUUUGUGCAGAAGAAAGAAGAAAGGGACCUGGUAGAUCGACUAAAGAAGGAGCAGAUCAGGAGAAAGAAGAGAGAAGAACGCCUGCUGCAGCUCCGGCACAAUACACAGCUCAAGUAUGCAGCCAAACGUGAGAGACUGGAAGAAGAAGAGACUGGGCGUCUCCUCCGCCUCAGCAAGGACAUACUGGCCGCAGGAACAGAGGCUGAGCCGCCCGAGCAGCUAGCAUCGGGGGAGGAGGAGCUGGUCCUCUCGGAGUACGAGAGUGAUGAGGAGAAAGGAACAGCUAACAGAUUAGAGGAGGAUGAGGAUGACCUAGAGGAAGAACAUGUAACUAAGAUUUAUUACUGCAGUCGGACCCACUCCCAGCUGGCCCAGUUCGUGAACGAGGUACAGAAGAGCCCCUUCGGCAAGGACACCCGGCUCGUCUCCCUCGGCUCUCGGCAGACUCUGUGUAUAAACAAAGAAGUGAAAAACCUGGCUUCUGUGCAGCUGAUCAACGACCGCUGUGUGGAGCUGCAGAGGGGCAGACAUGAGAACAAGAGCAGAGCCGAGGAAGGGGGUCUCAAGAAGAGAAGGAGGGAGCCCCAGGCUGCCUGUCCCUUCUACCACCACACUCAGCUGCAGCUUCUCCGGGACGAGGUUCUGCUGGAGGUGAAGGACAUCGAGCAGCUGGUGACCCUGGGGAAGGAGGCUGGGGCCUGUCCCUAUUACGGGAGCCGGUUUGCCAUUCCAGCGGCCCAGGUGGUGGUGCUGCCCUACCAGAUGCUGCUGCACACGGCCACCCGGCAGGCCGCAGGGAUCCGGCUACAGGGCCAGGUAGUGAUCAUCGAUGAGGCGCACAACUUGAUCGACACCAUCACGGGUAUCUACAGUACAGAGGUCAGCGGUGCCCAGCUCUGCCAGGCACAUUCCCAGUUGCUCCAGUACAUGGAACGAUACAGGAAGCGUUUGAAGGCCAAGAACCUGAUGUACAUCAAGCAGAUCCUGUAUCUGUUGGAGAAGUUUGUGACUGUGCUGGGUGGGAAUAUUAAGCAAAAUCCCAACGCACAGAGCCUCUCACAGACAGGGACCGAGCUGAAGACCAUCAAUGACUUCCUCUUUCAGAGCCAGAUCGACAACAUCAACUUGUUCAAGGUGCGGCGCUACUGCGAGAAGAGCAUGGUCAGCAGGAAGCUGUAUGGCUUCACCGAGAGGUGGGGGGCAGUCCUUGUACCCCCUGUGGAGCAGCGCAGACUGGCUGGGUUCCAGCACUUCCUACAGAGCCUGCAGCCCAUGGUGACCAAAGCUCCCACAGCCCCUGUGGAGGAGAGAGAGGCCAUGGCACCUCGGCCUGCUUCCCCGCUGAUGCACAUCGAAGGCUUCCUUGCAGCUCUCACCACUGCCAACCAGGACGGCAGGGUCAUCCUGAGCCGCCAAGGCAGCCUCAGCCAGAGCAGCCUCAAAUUCUUGCUCCUGAAUCCAGCUGUGCCUUUUGCCCAGGUGGUAAAGGAGUGUCGAGCAGUGGUCAUUGCCGGAGGCACCAUGCAGCCGGUGUCUGAAUUCCGGGAGCAGCUGCUGGCAUGUGCUGGGGUGGCAGCUGAGCGUGUGGUGGAGUUUUCCUGUGGUCACGUGAUCCCUCCAGACAACAUCCUGCCCCUGGUCAUCUGCACUGGGCCCUCCAACCAGCAGCUGGAAUUCACAUACCUGAAGAGAGAGCUGCCUCACAUGAUGGAUGAGACAGGUCGCAUCCUCUGUAACUUGUGCAAUGUGGUCCCCGGAGGAGUGAUCUGUUUCUUCCCCUCCUAUGAGUACCAACGCCAGGUCCAUGCCCACUGGGACAAGAGCGGCCUGCUGGCUCGCCUGGCUGUCAGGAAAAAGAUAUUUCAGGAACCGAAGAGAGCAAGCCAGGUGGACCAGGUGCUGACGGAGUAUUCCACGUGCAUUCAGUGCCAUGUUCAGGCAGGAGGCACAGUGACAGGGGCCCUGUUGCUCUCAGUGGUUGGAGGCAAGAUGAGCGAAGGCAUCAACUUCUCUGACAACCUUGGCCGGUGUGUGGUCAUGGUGGGCAUGCCCUACCCCAACAUCAAGUCUCCGGAGCUCCGAGAGAAGAUGGCCUACCUGGAUCAGACCCUGCCCCGGACCCCAGGUCAGCCCGCCCCAAGUAAAGCUCUGGUGGAGAAUCUGUGUAUGAAAGCUGUCAGUCAGUCUAUAGGCAGGGCCAUCAGGCACCAGAAGGACUUUGCCAGCAUAGUGCUCCUGGACCAGCGGUAUGCACGUCCACCUGUCCUGGCAAAACUGCCCACCUGGAUCCGAGACCGUGUGGAGGUCAAAGCCACCUUUGGCCCCGCCUUUGCUGCUUUGCGGAAGGGGACACCACCGGCAAGGAAGGACGAAAGGACCAGCCUGUUGGAGAACUUCACGGGAGAGAAUUAUACAGUGUGUAUCCCUUGUGUCUGGCUUCUUUCACUCAGGACUGUUCCACAAUCCGGAUUUGACUGUUUCCUCUUUAUCGACUCAGAGAUGUUUAGACGGAAGGUGGCUCCCCAAAAGCCUGCCAAGAAGAAAAAAUAUACUGUAAGCUCAAACAUCAGGGACUUGAUGGAAGCAAUCCAACAUGCUGAUCAGGUCCCAGAAGAAGAAAUAUUUUACAUACUCCCAUUAUUGAACAUCAAUAUCAUCCAUGGGAAUGUAAAAUAUAACGAGUGUCUGGACUUGGUAGACGUCAUUGUCAAUUACCUGAGCAAAAUGAAGCCAGGACCAAAACUGGAGAGUUUUUGCAUUAUCACCUUAAAAGGUGUGGGGGCAAAGAACCCACAAAUGGUCUACAGGAAGCUGUGGGAUAGAGAAUACGAUCACUGUCUGCCUCCAAAGAGCCUCCUGAUUGCGGUUGGGGAUCUCUGCCGCUCCCGAGGUUCUGCUCUCUUAAUCGGGCGCAUAUGGCAACGCCUUGUGUUAUUUUUGAAGAUGGCCCACAAUGGGAAGGACAUGUUGGCGAUUUGUCAUGGUGACCGAGGAAGUUCUGGUGGUAUUUGGCCAUGUGUUUUACCUCAUGUCACCAUCUGAACUCAGGAACCAAGUGAACCGCUUAACCCGAUGGUUAAAGACUUUGGUAUCUACAAAAGUGACACCUUUCUACAUU